UACCUACCCGGAAGAUAAAUCAACCAGAAUUUGCAGCAAGAGCCUUUAAGCUGCCUCACGCCACCAUUACCGACUGAAGAUGGCGGCGUCAGGAACCGCAGCCCCCCGUUGCCUUGUCCAGUAUGUUGUAGUCCGUUCGGAUCUGGUCCAUACGUUGUCCUGGCCAUUGGGAGCGGUUAUAUCGCAAGCCUGUCAUGCUGCCACCGCCGCCAUUCAUCUGAACUACAACGAUCCAGACACGCAGGAGUACUUGGCAGAAUUGGACAGCAUGCACAAAGUGGUGCUUCAGGCUCUGGACCAGGCCUCCCUGUCCAGCCUGUCUGAGACGCUGACAGAAAAGGGGGUGGCUCACAAGCUGUGGGUUGAACAGCCAGAGAACGUCCCCACCUGCCUGGCCCUGAAGCCGUACCCUAAAGACACCGUACACCCUCUGCUGCGCAAGUUUAAACUGUUCAAAUGACACAGACACACCCUGUACAUGCAUGUGGUGAAUGGAGUCUGGACCACGGCUCCACACCAGUGAAGAUGCUAUUUUUUGGGGGGGUUUGACCUGUGCAUCUCAGUGAGGAACCAUCAUUCAGUGUCUGCUUCAGAUUCACAAGGAAAAAUCUCACUCUGAUAAGCAGUGUAUUAUCUGCCCUACAGUAACAGGGGAGACAUCACUCACUGAACCAUACCAUAAAAUGGCCAUUUAAAGAGUGGAUGUCUGGCCAUGUAAUUUAAUGUGGCCACAUAUGUUGUGAUUCAAUGAAAGGGUGAAUUGGUGACAGGUUAUGGAAGGUCUUUCUCUAGCUGCUGAGUGGAAUCUUUUUACAAACAUAGUAGAUGCAAUAAAACAAUUUAAUGAUUCUAA